AUGCCUCAAACCAAGAUCCUCCUCACUGGCGCUACCGGUUACAUCGGUGGCACUGUCCUGUCUACGUUGCUUAGCUCCACCAAUGAAAUGGUCAAAGCUAGCAAGCUUUCUGCAAUUGUCCGUAAACAGUCCCAAGCAGACCUCCUCUCGGAGAAAGGUGUCAACGCAAUCUUGUUUGAUGGGCUCGACGACCUCCAGGCUUUGAGGAAGGCUGCUAGUGAGCACGAUAUUGUCAUCAAUGUUGCGAUAACCUACCACACUGCCUCUGCUGAGGCCCUUCUUCGUGGGCUCGAUGACCGCCAGAAGAAGACCGGCAAAUUAGGGCACCUUAUCCAAACUUCUGGUACAUCCAAUAUUGCAGACAAGCCAUUCAGUGGCGGUUAUGUUGAAUCGGCCGUCCUAUCCGACAAAAAUGACAUUUAUGCCUAUGAACGCUAUCGGCAAAGCAUAGAGGUAUACCCCCAGCGUACCUCUGAUCUAUUGGUCUGCGAACAAGGAGAGGCAGCUGGUAUAAAGACCUACGUUAUUAUGCCCCCUACCAUCUAUGGCGAGGGGACUGGCUUUUUCAACCGUCGUUCUAUUCAGAUCAAUACCAUGAUGCGCGCUGCCCUGAAGGAUGGCUACGCUUCUCGCGUUGGCGCGGGCGAGGCGGAAUGGGACCAUGUCCACGUCGUUGAUCUGGCCAAUUUCUAUGAGCUGAUGGUCGCACGCAUACUCGCUGGAGAUGAUUUAGAGGCCAACUUGAACGGAAUCUACUUCUGUCAGUCAGGUCAUCAGUCGUGGCGGGAAGUUGCCGAACGAAUUGCCGAGGUAGGACACGCCUUAGGCUAUCUCAAGAGUUAUACCGUGCGUCAGAUCACCCUUCAGCAGGCAUCUGAAAAGUUUGGAGCUGGCUUGCCUGCGGAAAAUCUGGAGGCUGCAUAUGCAUCGCGUGCUCGAUCGUCAGCUGAUCGAGCCCAUGAGCUUGGCUGGAGACCAACAAAAAGCAGAAAAGACUUCGAAGAUGGCUUUGUCGAUGAAUGGAAUGCAGUCGCCAAGGAAGCUUGA